UAAAGAUGGGACUCGGAAUAAGAAUAAAGAAAAAGCAAAAAGAAAAGAGGCAACACGGCGGCGCGUAACAAUUACGUGUUGUCGGCGACGAGACCCAAUAGCACUCGAUUCUAUCCCUCCGCGCGUAGAUAAAUUGUAGUGUGUUCUCAAUCCGAAAUACUAGAAACGAAAAUGGAAGCAGAAUCCUCCAAUUCUCUGCAGUCUAUUCGUUACAAACGUGGGCGUCUUCAGUUACUUGAUCAGAGAAGACUUCCACUUGAAACUCUUUAUUUGGAUAUUCAUGGUGCCACUGAUGGAUGGGAAGCAAUAAGAGAUAUGGUGGUUCGUGGAGCACCUGCAAUUGCUAUUGCUGCUGCCCUAUCUUUAGCAGUAGAAGUAUCUGCUUUGGAUUCUUUUAAUGGCUCUGCUGCUGAUGCAGCAUCUUUUCUGUCUAACAAGCUGGACUAUCUGGUCUCGAGCCGACCAACAGCAGUGAAUCUAUCAGAUGCAGCGACUAAGCUUAAAGAGAUCGUAAUGAAGGCUGCUUCCUCUGCUUCAGAAGCCAAAGCCGUUUUUCAGGCGUACAUUGAAGCUUCUGAGGUUAUGCUGGAGGAUGAUGUUGCUUCCAAUAAAGCAAUUGGAUCAUAUGGAGCUAGUUUUAUUGUUCAGCACCUCAAAGAUUCUAAGAAGGUCUCUGUUCUUACUCAUUGCAACACUGGAAGUCUUGCAACAGCUGGCUAUGGGACUGCCUUAGGCGUGAUUCGAUCACUUCAUGCAGAUGGAUUAUUAGAAAGUGCAUAUUGUACAGAAACCCGCCCCUUUAAUCAAGGAUCCAGAUUAACAGCAUUUGAAUUGGUGCACGAUAAUAUUCCUGCUACUCUUAUAGCAGAUUCUGCUGCAGCUGCUUUAAUGAAAGCGGGACGAGUCAACGCUGUCAUAGUUGGAGCUGAUCGAGUGGCUGCCAAUGGUGACACGGCUAAUAAGAUUGGGACCUAUAGCCUUGCCCUAGGUGCGAUGCACCACAACAUUCCUUUUUAUGUGGCCGCACCCUUGACUUCUAUUGAUCUUUCACUUGCUUCUGGACAAGACAUAGUUAUAGAAGAAAGAUCUUCCAAAGAAUUACUUAAUUCGCGUGGUGGACUUGGUGAGCAAGUUGCUGCUUCUGGAAUCUCUGUUUGGAACCCUGCUUUUGACAUCACCCCAGCUAACCUGAUUAGCGGCAUCAUUACAGAAAAGGGUGUCAUAACAAAGACAAAGCUAGAUGCUUUUGAUAUCAAGGGUUACGUGGAGAAGAUAUGUGGUGGGCACUAAGCAUGAAGGCGUGCUUUGUAUUGAUUUGCAGUGCUGUCUGAACUCAGUCAUUUCAGAAGAAAUUUUAAUUUUGAUUCGCAAAGUUGAUGUGAUUUUCAAAUUAACUCUCUUCUUUUUUCUACGACUUGACUGAAUUGUUGCAGCGUGAUUCUGAGUUUUUUUUAUUUAUAAAAAUUCAAAAUAUUAUACUUUUCAA